AUGCCGCGAGUCCCCAAGAAUAGAAUAAAUACAAGACGAUGGGACAGCACCAACUCAGACGAAAGUAGCCCUACUUUUCAUUUCACUGGGAUAGCCGAGCUUAGCCUCAGCCUUACAUUCAUUGCUGUGGGGUUGGCGGCGGCCAGAAGCGACUGGUCAAAGCCAUGCUUCCAUGGGGAGUGUAAUUACGAACUAGAGCAUCCUUCCGGCGGGUUUGCUACUUUGCAUUUCUCCGGCGCUCCUCAUAUGAUGGCCGACAUCACGCCCGCCGCUGGCUGGGUGGUUCUUGAUUGCGAUGCCAACGCCCUUGAACAAGACAUCCGACUCGUCUGCGCCAACGAUGAGACAGAGUCGGAGAACUGUGCUCAUCUCUUCGCUCAGGGUGGCCCUGUGAACAAGGUCCUCCGGCUUCCGGAAAGUUGCGGCAGAGGUCCGUUUGUGCGCAUAGCGGAUGCGAAACUUGAUUCGGAUCAAUCUAUCCCUAUUCAUGCUGCCCACAAGAUACGUCGCCGCGACGGCGUUACACCUGAUGUCCACGUUCUCUCUGUGGACACAGCUUGGGAUAAGCUUGAUAGCGCGGGAGCCGGAGAUCUUGAGUUCUCCAUUGUAGGCUCUACCAUCCGCGGAGCGUAUAUCGACUCGAAUGACAACCUUGAGGAACGUGGCGCCUUUUCCGACUGGGUUGGCAAGAUCAUCUCGAAGUUGAAGGCAGCCGCAGGAAACGUGGUUGACGGUGUGGUCAAUGCCACGACCAUCGAAUCCGGAAAUAAGACCGAGAUCAAGACCAAUUAUGAUAACGAGUCUACGAUCGUCGACCUUUCCGCUGAGUGUGCAGGGAAGAAACUCAGUUUAACCGUCAAGACGUAUCUCAAGCUCGACCUUACCGGACACGUUGGGUUCGCCGCCAAGGGCUCGGUGAAAGACGGUGUCAAGGAAUUCGGUUCACUAGUUGGUUGGCACGGUGACAUCAACGGCGGUGUAAAGGUUUCGGCACAAGUCGCUGGGCCAAUGGACCACGAACAGACCCUUAUCCGUUAUGGUGUCCCUCCUUUUGACUGGCCUGGUGUCAUCUCUAUUGGUCCUCGAUUUGAAGUCCGUGCACAUAUCAAUGGAGCCCUCGACAUCACUGGCACGGCUGAUAUUGGCAUCAACUACAAUAUCAAAAAACUUGAGUAUGUUUGGCCUGGCAUGAAGGGCGAAAACGAUGGCCAAGAGGGCGAUAUCCAACCAGGGACUCCGAAGGUCAAUCUAAGCGCUAGCGGGUUGGUGGACGCCAAAUUGAACGUCACCGUGGGCAUCAUCCCUGCCGUAGUCAUCGGACUCGAGGGGUUCGCCGGUAAAGUCAAGGCUGCUGUCGCUGUCGAAACCGAAGGGUACAUACGUAUCUACGGCACUGGCAAAGCUGAAGCAGGCAUAACGAAGUCAGUCGAUCAUCCGAAAUCCCCCCGCCCUGGUUCAUCCUCCGGCAAAGCGUCGCGUCCUUCGUCGCCCAAGUCACCCUCUUCACCUCGAAAACACAGCAGAGAUCUCGCCACCGUUACGCCCAAGGCAGGCGCCCAAGGCUCAUUCGCCAUCUAUGGUGGCGUUGAACUUCGAGGAGUGGCAAUGGGUAAACUACCUAUUCUGAUCCCCGGUGCCGGUGCCAAAACUUCCAGAAAGUGGUGGGGUAAGGAGUGGACAUAUCUCGACACAGGCGUAGGGUCGGUUGGAAGUCUGAAAAAGGGGAAGAGGGAAAUCGAUGCCUCGGCUGCUAAAUCCCUUUCUCGCCAGGGGUCAACAGCCAGCAUCAAGUCAACCUCUAGCACGAAGUCGACAACCAGCACAAAGUCAAGUGGUUCAGGCAAAAAACCCGCUGAAGACGUCAGCGUAUCGAAUGCCACCGAUAAGGCGAAAACACUUGGAAGAAAGGCAACUGGAAAUGUCCGCCAGCCGUCGAGAAGAUGUACGAGAUGGUCUUCGUCGGCAAGGCUGAUAAAGCACCUAGAUGGGAGUUCGGCCAUAUCUACAAGGAGAACGUCGGUGUUGCUUAAAUUGGCAUGUUCCGACAGGUGGUUGUAG